UGUCACGUCAACCUGAACAAGAUUGUUCACGACGAUGUCGCAUGAUGCUGGGGCGGACGUGGAGCCGAUGCGACAACCACUGGACCUUGACCGCCUACGAGUGUACUUAGAGGGUCAUUUCUCAUUAGAAGGGAAGAACGUGCCCUUGUCUGUUAACCAGUUCAAGCAUGGCCAAAGCAACCCGACGUACUUGGUCGAGUUUGGAGCGAAACGCUUGGUGUUGCGCAAGAAGCCCGCCGGCAACAUUCUUCCGUCGGCACAUGCUGUGGACAGAGAAUAUCGUGUGAUGGAGGCGCUGCAAACUACUGCAGUGCCCGUGCCACGCAUGGUGUCCUUCUGCAACGAUCCAUCCGUGCUGGGCACGACGUUCUUCUUGAUGGAAUACGUCCCCGGAAGAGUCUUUAAGGACCCUUCUUUGCCGAACAUGUCGCCAACGGAGAGAUAUGCCAUCUACCACGCGUUGGUCGACGUGCUGGCAACUCUACAUUCGUUGGACCCAGCAUCACUUGGACUUGAGGACUUUGGAAAAGCGCAAAACUACGGACAGCGCGUACUACGAACUUGGACUCGACAGUACAAUGCACAAGGAGAUGUAUUGACCCAGCACGCGGUGUCCAUCGGGGGCGACCGGGACAUGCUGGCGGUAUCAGACUACCUCCACUCAGCCGUGGACUCGAUUCAAGACGAGAGCAGCAUCGUUCACGGGGACUUUCGCUUGGACAAUGCCAUCUUCCACCCCACGGAGCCGCGAAUCGUCGCGUUGUUAGACUGGGAACUCAGCACCAUCGGGCAUCCGUUGAGCGACGUUGCGACCUUGUGCUCGUUCUACCGCGUGCCAUCCACGUCGCAAAUGAUCCCUGGCCUGGCGAAGCGCAACCUGCAACACCUAGGAAUCCCCACCGAAGCUGAAGUUGUCCGCACGUAUUGCAAGCGCAUGCAGCGGUACCCUCUGGCGGACUCGACAUGGCGCUUCUUCCUCGCGCUGGUGUUCUUUCGCUUGGCUGUCAUCCUUCAAGGCGUGUACUCGCGGCAAGUCUUGGGCAAUGCGUCGUCAGCACACGCGGGGGUGGCCAAGGACUGCUACGUGCUGUUUAUGCAAGUGGGUGCGACCAUUGCCCGCGAAGACAGCGCCGGCAACAGCAUCGCGAGCACCCCGAAUCCGUCCGUGCUGGGUCUCCCCAUGUCUGACUACGCGUUGGAAUUGUAUGGGAAGCUCACGCGGUUUUGCGAAGCCCGGGUUUUCCCGAGCGAAGUCGUGCACAUGAAGGAGCUGGCGGCGCUGCGAAAGGCGGGCAAGACGUGGACGUCGGUUCCUCCCAUUGUCGAGACGUUGAAGGAGGAAGCCAAGGCACUGGGGCUGUGGAAUCUGUUCCUUGCGCCAGUGACGCUCCCAAAUGGCAAGUCGUACGGUGCAAAACUCUCAAACGUCGAGUACGGCAUCAUGUGUGAGCUCAUGGGCCGAUGCGUGACGCUGGCUCCGGAAGUAUUCAACUGCGCGGCGCCGGACACGGGGAAUAUGGAGAUCUUGAGCCGGUUCGGCACCCCCGACCAACAGGCUCAGUGGCUCGUCCCGCUCUGCGAAGGCACGAUCCGGUCGUGCUUCGCCAUGACGGAGCGAUACGUGGCAUCCUCUGAUGCGACGAACGUGUGCACCCAGUUUGAGAAACGCGACGAUGGAUAUGUGAUCAAUGGCGACAAGUGGUACAUCUCGGGGGCGGGCGACCCCCGCUGCCAGCUCAUCAUCGUCAUGGGCAAGAUCAAGACACAUGCAAAGCUUUCUUCGUUCCGCCAGCAGUCCAUGAUACUGGUCCCGAUGAACGCCCGUGGUAGGUGCUUUCAGCCGAGAUUGGUGCCAUUUAGAUGAUUACUCGAUUUCGAUGUGCUCGAUGGUGUAGGCGUGGCGGUGAAGCGCCCGAUGCACGUGUUUGGGUACGAUGAUGCGCCGCACGGCCACAUGGAAGUGUCCUUCCGCGACGUGCGGGUCCCAUUGACGUCCAUCUUGCUGGGCGAUGGGCGAGGGUUUGAAAUCGCCCAGGCGCGGUUGGGACCUGGUCGGAUUCACCACUGCAUGCGCGCCAUCGGGAUGGCGGAGCGGUGCAUGGACCUUAUGGUGACGAACAUCGGCGCUCUGUUCAAGUCUGACGAGUACUCUGCAGGUCCAUCGAGCUAAAACCAGGUACGCGUUUCAGCAACUGCUUGCAGAAAAUCCAGUCGUGGCGGCGUCCGUGGCGAAGUCGAGAUGCGAGCUGGACAGCGCACGCCUGCUCACAUUGCACGCGGCACACGAGAUGGACAUGAAGGGCAACAAGGCAGCUGCCCAAGCGAUUGCAAUGAUCAAGGUCGUGGCACCACACAUGGCGAUCAAGGUGUGCGAUCGCGCGAUACAGAUCCAUGGCGCAGCAGGGGUGAGCCAAGACUUUGUUCUGGCAUAUUACCUGGCGGCUCUCCGCACAUUGCGCCUGGCCGACGGACCUGACGAAGUUCACAUGCGUACGAUCGCUAAGGCCGAAUUCCUCAAGGCGCACCUUUGAACUGUGCCUUGCUCUACCGCCGGGUCAAGAUUGCACGUCUCUGAUUGGCUGUAAAGAAUUUCGUCUCCAUUCUUGAUUGGCUACACAACUGCUGUGCGUCCUAUGAUUGGUAAAAAAUAACGGCCGAAUGGGGCAAGUUCAAAAAAAUUGAACAAAUGGAAGGGUUAUCGCAACCUCACGACGAUACGACGUAGGAUAUAAGCAGGUAUUUCAAUACUAAAAUGAUGAG